AUGCCGGGCUCGGUUGCAAGUGAUGGAUUCGAUGACGACGAGAGCUUCAUUCUGGACAUCGAUGGUAUCCAGGCCCAUGGAAUUGGUGCAGCUGACAUCACCAAGCUGAAGGCCAAUGGGUUUUAUACUGUUGCUUCCGUUCACGGCGCCACCCGAAAGACUCUCCUCAAAAUCAAAGGAUUCAGCGAAGUCAAGGUCGAGAAAGUCAAAGAGGCAAUUCAGAAAUGCCUUCCCACAGCCUCGGGUUUCAUCACAGCAAUGGAACUCCACCACCAACGCAAGAAAGUCGUCCGUAUCUCCACCGGCAGCAAGCAAUUUGACUCAAUUCUCAACGGCGGCUUCCAAAGCAUGAGCAUCAGCGAAGUGUUCGGCGAAUUCCGCUGUGGCAAAACACAACUCUCGCACACGAUGUCCGUAGUCGCCCAAUUACCCAAAGAAGCAGGCGGGGCAGCUGGCAGAGUUGCCUACAUCGACACAGAGGGCACGUUCCGACCCGAGCGUAUUGCUCAAAUCGCUGAACGGUUCGGAAUGGACCCCGACACGGCGCAGGAGAAUAUUUCCUAUGCGCGCGCGCUGAAUAGCGAGCACCAGUUCGAGCUGCUGAAUACACUUGCUCAAGCAUUUGCGGGUGGUGAGUAUCGAUUGCUUGUUAUUGAUAGUAUUAUGAACUGUUUCCGGGUUGAUUAUUGUGGGCGCGGGGAGUUGGCGGAUCGGCAGCAGAAGUUGAAUCAGUUCUUGAUGAAGCUGGCGCAUAUGGCUGAAGGUAAGAGGUGUUGUUCUGUCCUUUUCAUGGCUGUUUGGCUGAUUCUGCAACUGGCAGAGUUUAAUGUUUGUGUCUUGAUGACAAACCAAGUCCAGAGUGACCCUGGUGCCAAUGCUCUAUUCGCUGGAGCUGAUGGUCGUAAGCCGGUUGGUGGUCAUGUCCUUGCUCAUGCUUCCACUACUCGUGUGCUCCUUCGGAAAGGGCGUGGGGAGGAGCGAGUUGCGAAGAUACAGGACUCCCCUGGUGGGUACUCCGAUAUUUCCCUGGCUUUGAUAUUGCUUUAA